UGGCGCCACUUUCGUUUUUAAUCCAGUUUAAUAAGUGAGGUUAUGUGCGUAUUUUUACGCCUAGUUUUGGGAGUGUUUUCGUCGAUUUUUCAUGUUUCACCUCUAAAUAACAUCCGUUACGGUUUCUCGGCAUCAAAAUGACCCAAGAGGAAGUAAACAAAUUGCGGCAACAUCUAAAGCUAUUAAAAGAGGAAUAUUCGCUCCUUCAAACGAGACACAACGAUUUAGAAAGUAAACAUCAAAAAUUGUCGGCUUCACUUGAUGAUCACGUCGAUUCGGAUGACACUUUCGCCCAUCGCUUAUUAAAUAAAAUCAAAGCUUUGUAUAGAUCGGAAAUUUACAGUGAUUUAAAAGUGAAACUAAAAUCUCGCGAAUUAAACGUGCACAAAUUAGUUUUAACGUCUCGUUCGGAUGAGUGGAAUGAUAAUUUACUUUCGGAUAAAUCGGUAAUCGAUUGGAGCGAUUUAGAGGAAGAAAUCGCGGAGGAUAUUCUCAAAUUUAUUUACACAAACGAAGUUGAAUUAAAAGACGACGAGAUAACCCUAAAGUUAAUGGCACAAGCUUUUAAAUUCAAGCUAUAUGAUUUGGUUAAAAGAUGCGAAAUGGUUCUGAUUAAAAACGCAAACGUGAGGAAUUGCGUUAAAUUUUAUUCGUACGCCGAAGAGAGCGAUGCGAAUCGAUUAAAGGAGUAUUGUUCAGGGUUGAUUUCCACGUUUUGGGACGAUUUGGGCGCCUCCGACUUCGAACACAUGUCCGGACAAUUACUUUAUAAGAUGUUGGCGAAAUCGCAACUUCCAUUGCAUGCAGCCGUGAAGUUACAAAGGGAGGAUGUCGUGUUUUUGUGUUUGGUGGAGAAUUCGUCGAAGUUAUCGGAUAUCGUGAAUCUAUGGGGCCCCAACAACGAUUUACCAUUAGAUUUAGCGUUAAAAGCAAAAAACGAAAGCAUCGCAACAACUUUAAUCCAGCACAACGCCGACGUCAACAUUAGAGAUCCUUCCGGAGACACCCUUUUACACCGAGCCAUCAAAAACGACGACGAUUUCUCAGCUUUAUUUUUAUUACACAGUAAUUGCGACGCAACUUUAACAACAAGAUCAGAAAAUGAUUCCGCUUUACACCUUUUAGCCGGCUCGCACUUAAUGAAGAAUUCCUUAAAAAUAGCGGAGAAAUUAAUCAAUAGAAACGUGAAUAUAAACGCGCGAAAUCGGCAAGGAUUCACCGCAUUACACAUUGCGAUCAUUUCGGAUAAUCGAAACGUUUUCGACGUUCUCCUCCACCAAGAAAACCUUGAUUUAAACGUUUUAAACGAUCAAAAUAAAACCCCGCUUUAUUACGCCCUCAGAAAAUACGAAGCAGGGCAAGAUUCUCGCGACUCAUACGCUUUACAAUUAUUAGAAAAAGGGGCUAAACUCGAUUUGGAUCGCUCAGACAACGACGACGAUCUCCUCCAAAUCUUAUUGAUCGAAAAAGCCGAAAAAACAGCGAUGUUUUUGUUGGAAAAAACCUCAAAUAUUAACCACAAAAAUAAAUUUGGGGAAACUUUGUUGCAUACGGCGUGUUUAAACGAUUGUCCCCAAUUCAUUGAUAAAGUUUUAAAGCUUGGGGCGAACGCGAAUUUGGUCACCUUUGAUGUGAAUCGAUCCCCUUUGCAUUACGCCAUCGAUAGUAACUCAGAAAGAUGUAUCAAGGCGUUUAUUGAGUUUAAUAAAAACGUGGGGGAUACCGAAAAAGUUAAUUUUAAUUUACGAGAUUGCGAAGGUGACGCUCCCGUGAGUUACGCCCUCAAUUUGGGGAAAAAAAAUUUGGUCCCCAUCUUAAUUAAAGGAGGGGCUGAUGUCAAUGUGAGAAAUGGAAAAGAUUUUACUUUGUUGCAUCAAGCCAUUUUGAAAGAAGACUCAGAAAUUGCUUUAUUUUUAUUAGAAUUAGGAGCAGAUAUGAACGCGAAAACCACCGAGUAUGAAACCCCACUUCAAUUAGCAAUUCACUGCCGAUUAGGAGACGUCGUUGAUGCGCUUUGUACUCGCGGUGUUGAUACAUCAGCCCCUGAUCGACUUGGAAAUUGCGCUUUAUGGGCUGCUUUGGAUUCGGGGCAAGAUGAUAUUGCAAGCGUUUUAGUCCAACAUGGUGCUGAUACUGAUUGUUGGGGAGCUGGUCCAGAUAAUUGCCGACAAACGCUGCUACAUCGCGCGAUUGAUGAAAAUAAAGAACCCGCGGCGAUUUUUUUAAUCCAAGCCGGGUGUGAUUUGAAUUCACCAAGAAAACCUGGUCCAAACGGCGAAGGGGGCGAUGAGGCGAAAGAUAACGCUUCCCCUUUACAUUUAUGUUGUCAAUGGGGGUUAGAACCAGUCGUGCAAACCUUAGCGGAACACGGAGCCAACGUAAAUAGUCGCGAUUUAAAAAAUAAAACCCCGCUACAUUACGCCAUUGAAAAUCAUCAUGAUUCAAUCAUCGAGUUAUUAUUGAGAGUCCCCGAAAUCGAUUUAAAUUUGAGGGAUAAAUCAGGAUUGAGCCCGUUUGCGAGUGCGUUAACUUUUAGGAAUAAUAAAGCGGCGCAAGCGAUUUUAAAUAAAUUUCCAUCAGCUGCUGAACAGUUUGAUUCAAAAGGUUAUAAUUUUCUACACACCGCAAUUAAAAAGGGCGAUAUUGAAAGCGUUUUAUUUUUACUUUCAAUUAAUGUGAACGUAAAUUCGAGGGUUCAAGAUACGAGUUUAUCUCCGUGUUUACAUUUGGCCGCUCAAUACGGAAAUGAGACGCUCGUAAGAAGUUUGUUGUUGGCGGGGGCGAGGAUUGAAGAUGUUGAUAGUUCAAAACGAACUGCUUUACAUGUUGCUUCGGAAUGCGGUAAUACCCCGAUUGUUGCUGCGUUACUACAAAAUCAUAUCCCUUAUAAUGCUACGGAUACAAACGGAGAUAAUGCGCUUCAUGUUGCGGUUAGGGAAGGGCAUUUAAAUGUCGUAAAAACUUUAUUGACGGAAUCAGAAAUAGAUGCGGAAGCUGUCAACAUAAAAGGUCGCAAUCCGCUACACGAAUUAUGUUACUUCAGCAAAGAUAAUUCAGCUGCUAUUUGCGAAUUUUUUUUGGAGUCAAUGCCUGAAUACCCGAUUGAUAGACCGGAUGUUAAUGGAAAUACCCCAUUACUUUUAGCUUAUAUGAGAGCUAACGGCCAAUUAUGUCGCGUUUUAGUACGAGCUAAAGCUUCUUUGGCGAUUGAAAAUAACGAAAAUGUUAAUAUUUUUAAUUAUCAGGUCCCCACCAAACAAUUAUUAUCGUGCUUAUUGGACCAACUAGCCCAACCGAUCCCUUGGAAACACACAACGGAUUCGUGCCAAGAAUGUGGAAAAUUAUUCACUGUGAUGUUCCGAAAACAUCAUUGUAGGCAUUGCGGGCGGGUUUUGUGCGGGAAAUGUUCCGACCAAGAGACUCCCAUCAUUAAAUUUGGCGAAAAUAAGCCUGUUAGGGUUUGUAGGAUUUGUUUCGAAGUGUUGCGAGACGGCGCUAGAUCGUAAGUUGAAUUUGAAUUUAUAUAUUUUUUUGUUGUUAAAUAUGUAAAGCAUUUUUUUCUUUAUGGAGCUUAUUAGGGAUUAUAUCGUAACCAAAAAAAAAG